UGCGCAUGCGCUGGGGAAGCCCCCCGCCAGGGGCGGGGCCGUGGGCGGGGCCGUGGGCGGGGCCGCCGCGGGUGCCCGGCGCCGCCGCCGGCUCGGAGGUGCAUUCACCGGCUCAGCCGCGACAGGUAUUUGUGGUGCUAAGAUGGAGCCUUCCCCGUUUAACAGAAGACAAUGGGCUUCACAGUCCUUGAAAAUCACUGCAAAAGAGCUUUCUCUCGUCAACAGGAACAAGUCGUCAGCUCUCAUGGAGAGGUUCUCCAAGUAUCAGAAGGCAGCUGAAGAAGCCACUGCUGAGAAAAAAAGAAGUAACACAGAAAAUCUUCCCCCUCAUUUUAAAAGGGGGAAUCUGAGUGUGCUAAAGAAGAAGUGGGAGAAUCCAGUGCUGGGAACGGAGUCUCAGAAGGAAACGCUACGAAGCAGCUGUGCUGAGGUUAAGCACAAGGUUACGAACCCCGAGCUUGGAUUCGGGAGCAGCCCCGCUCCUUCCCCAGAGGAAGAGCAAAGCCUGGGGGCUGGUGCUCCAUCCGCUGAGCGCAUCCCUGGCCAGCCCCAGUGUCCCGGUGGUGACAGCAGAAAGCCCAAAAGCCGCUCAGCAGAGAGUGGCAGGAUGGAAAACUGCCUGAGAGAGCCCAGAGAGGGGGAGAAGUCGGAUGCCAGCGAAAACACGGACUCGUCGGGGAAGAUAGAGAAGUACAGCGUCCCGCUGAGCAAACUCAAGAUGAUGUUUGAGAAGGGUGAAGCGACCCAGCCCAAGGUCCCCAGAGAGCAGAGGAAGACAGCAGUUGGGAGAAGGAUCUCUGAAAACAGCCUCUCUUCAGAGGACUUUGAUGUUGGCCAAGGAGAGAAGAGCCUCAGCACAUCAGGGCAUCUUGUAGAUUCUAGUCCAGCGCUGAGCCCAGAAAAGGCAGAGACCAAGAAAAGCCUGGAGAUGCCUCGCUUAACAGAGACUUCCAUAAAGGAUAGGCUGGCGAAGUACCAGGCAGCUGUGUCCAAGCAGGGCACUUCCACGGGCAUCAUCACCAUGAAUGAGAUUCAAGCCAGUGAAAGUGAACUCAAGAAUUACAAAUCUGAGCAGAAGGAGAAUAUGCCACCAAGUCCUGAGGACUCCAUUUCCUGUCAGGAUGGGGAGAAGGUAGGCGAGAACAACUUGUCUUUCCACUCCGGUCUCCUAGAGGAUGGCAAUGUUGGACAAAACUUGGAGAGGGAGACAGACGUUCAGAAGCCUGUCAGCACAAAGCAGCAGAACUUUGGUUCUAAACCAGGUGGCCAGACAGAUGCAUCUCUGCCAAAAGCAGUGAAGAAGUUUCAGUUGCCAAUGAAGGAAACAUGUGUUGGGUGUCAGAAGACCGUGUACCCCAUGGAAAGGCUCUUUGCCAACCAGCAGGUGUUUCACACGAGCUGCUUCCGCUGUUCCUACUGCAACAGUAAACUCAGUCUUGGGACGUACGCAUCUCUGCGUGGGAAUAUUUACUGCAAGCCUCACUUCAAUCAGCUCUUCAAGUCUAAAGGCAACUAUGAUGAAGGCUUUGGACACAAACAGCAUAAGGAAUUAUGGGCAGGCAAAACUGAAUGUGAAGAAUCCCUGGAGAAAACUGUCCAUGGUGUUAAUGCAACAGAAAAUCCACAAAGCCCUGGGGUAGAGGAUGCUCCAAUUGCAAAAGUAGGAGUUCUGGCAGCAAGUAUGGAAGCAAAAGCUUCAGCUUUGCCUGAAAGAGAAGAGAGACCAGCAGAAACUAAAAAGCUCAGGAUUGCUUGGCCGCCUCCAUCUGACCAAAGCAGUCAAGGAAGUGCCUUAGAUGAGGGCAUCAAAGUACUCAAACCCAAAUGGCCCCCAGAGGAAGAGAGUUCCAAGCCAGAUGUGCUGGAGGAGGUGGAUCUGGAUCUCAAGAAGUUAAGAAGGUCUUCCUCAUUGAAGGAGAGAAGUCGUCCCUUUACAGUCGCAGCCUCAUUUAGAACAGUAUCUGUUAAAGGCCAUAAACCAGAGAAUUCAUCAUCUCCUCCCAAGGCAGAGAGAGACAUGUUGAAAAGAAGUGAGGAAUUGGAGAGAGAGGUUGUGGCAGACAAAAAGCAAAAGGAAAAGAAGGUUGAGAAUAGGAAGAUCCAGAGUGCAGAAGAGCAAAAUGUAGAGGAAGAACAGGAAUCUCCUGGUAUCAAAAGAGUAGAGCAUAACUUUGUAGAAAAUGGCCAGGUGAAUGCAGAGACAGAUGAGGAAGAACAUGGUAUGGAAGAGCAGGACAUUCCAAAUGAAGAAUUCCUUGAACCAAAUUCUCCUAAACAUUCCAGCUUAGCCAGUGUCAUGACUGCUAAGGAAUCCUCUCCUAACCAGAAUCGCAAAUCCCAAGAUGUUGGUUUCUGGGAGGGUGAAGAUAUGGAAGAUCUGUCGGUGGAAGAACAGAUCAAAAGGAAUCGUUACUAUGAAGAUGAUGAUGAUGAAUAAAUUGGCCUUUACUAGAAAGGGUGGGCCUUUUCAAAUGGGUGGUUUUAGCUUUAACAAAGAGCUAUCCUCCAGGAAAGCGAUGCUGUACUGCACAUUGACAUCAAGGGAAUUCUAUGUGCAAAGUAUCUCAAAUACCCGGGAAAAUACUCUGGAAGCCUGCAAAGAGUAUAUUUAGGUGCAUGGAAGCAAGUCUCCAGCUGUGGGAUAGCUUCAACAGGUAAUCUGUGCCCACAGCAUGGGAACAGAGCUGUUCUGUACUCCUACUGUUUUACCCCUUUUGAGCUUCACUACGUAUUUCAUUAACAAUUUAUGGGAUUUCACUGUGCUCACAGUGCUGUUGUGAAACAGGCUUUCUAUAAUACACUACUUCUACCACUACAAAUGCUACUGCAGUGCUUAGGGACCAAUUUCAAAGGGACUUUCUGGCCUGCUUUAAAAAUGGUAACUUAAUGCACUUUAAAUACAGUUAAAGGGCACAACUGGGCUGUUUUUUUGACAAUUAAAACAUUUAUGUGCUUAGUAUCAAUCAACUAAACCAUCUCCAACUGAGUGCAAUGUGAUUUUCAUUCUCAAAACUGCCUUUGAACAAUUGAAGACUCCCUCUUCUCCUUGUUUUUCUCUGUGCAACUGGAAUGGUGUGCCCAUUGCUGGAACGCAUGUAUUUUAGUGCUUAUCCAGAAGCUGUGCUGACUGACAGAUCUCUUUGAGGACAAGUCAACCCUUUUGCAGUAGCCUGCAGGGCACUACUUUUGCAUUUCAUGUGCAUUUGAAGUGGGAUUUUUUUGUUUUUGUUUUCUUUGUUGUUUGUUUUUUUUUUACUUGCAAUUCAUCAUCAUUCAUUUUAAACUGCAGAUAAUAUUUUAAGGCCUUUUGAUGACUUUGAAAUCCUACUUGUAUCAAGCUGCCAUAAAUCUUUUCAUUACAGCUGUGAAAUUAUGCUGCAUUGGGAAAAUCUGGAAUAAACCCAUCUGAACAGUGCAACUUUGAUUGCUGGCAUUGAAGCUUAGUACAUUUUUAAAUUUGACUUCAUUUAUUUUACAAAUAAUGAAAUCUUGAACAGUGGAAGGAUGCCCUUUUAUAUUAGCUUAUAUUUGUACUGUAUUCUCAUGAGAAUUAGCUCUUUACUAUACUUGAGGUGUAAAAUAUUCUGCUUUCUUAGCAGUCCUGCUAACUACAAAAUCUUCAAUAAAGUUUGGUCAUUUCCAUGAAAA